AUUUGAAUAAAUCAAUAUGAGCGCCUUAAAGGCUAAAGGUAGAAAAAUAUUUGAAAUUCCGAUAUGUACAAUUUGUUUAGAACCGAUGAUAAAAGAUCUUUGUGUUUUUACAGUAUGUGGUCAUGUGUUUCACUACAAUUGUGGUGUAAAUUGCCAUUAAAAUUCAAGAAAAUGUCCAAAUUGUCGUAUGAGAUCAACUGAAAUAUAAUCAUUACAUUAUGCAGUUGAAGAAAUCACAGGUAUUGAUGAAUAAAUGAGUUAAUUACUAAAUGAUUUGAGUGUUGAUUAGAAAUAACAUAUGGCUAAAUUAUUAGCAGAACAUGAAGAAUUAAUGCAUGAAAAUUUAAGACUUAAGCAAAGAAAUAAAUUUGUAGAAGAAAAAAAUGAAUCUAUACAAACAGAGGUUUAACAUAUUUAAGCAGAACUUAAGCGAUUUCUUGAGAAGAAUAAAGAUUUUGAAAUAAAAGAAAAGUCUUCAAAUUAAAAAAUAAAGACUCUUGAAAUUUUUAUUUCACAAUUUGAAGAAGAUAAUAAAAAAUAAAAACAAGAGAUCGAAAAACUUGAAAUUGAAUUAAAAGAAUGUGAUUAUUUGAAAAAUUUAGCUAAAACAAUAAGUAAUCCAAAUGAAGAUAUGUACUUAAAGUUAAUUAGAUAAAAAAAUCCAGCUGAAUAAGCAAAGUAGCUUUAUGAUCUAUAUGUAAUUAAAAUGGGGCAAUUUAAAAAUGUGCAAAAAGAAAUUAUUUAAUUGUAAGAACAACUUGAUUAACAAUAAAAAAAAUAUGAAUAAUUACAAAAAAAAUAUGAAAGAAUGAAGGAUUUAUAUGAAGAAAUUUAGAAGGAAAACUAAUCAAUCAAAGAGAUUGCAAAGAAUCAGAAUUCAAAUCCAAUAUAGAAAAUUAUUGAAAAAUAUGAAGAAAAAUAGGAGAAUGAUUUUAAAAGGAAGCCUAUAAAAUAAGUGGCAUUCGGAUGUUCUUAAUUAAGAAAACAACCACUGAGUUAAAGUUUAUUGAAAAAAUGA